AUGUGCUCCAGGUGCUGUCUCUUUUUCGACAGUGGCCAGGCUGUCUACGAAGCAGGACGGCAGGUCCGCGAUGUUGCUGUGCACGUCUGGACGCCGGAGGGCUUAGCUGGAGGCCAGCAGAGGGCCGAGAGGGCCGAGGCAUCCGUCGCAGAGAGGCUGCCGGGAAGUGCUGUGCGGCAGGAGACUUCCCUUGCCAAUGUGCACUCGCCAUCGCUGGGGGAAAUCUCGUGGACUGUGACGCUCGGUCUGAUCGAGGUCCAGAAGUGCUCCUCGCAUCCCACAGAACAGGACAAAAAGCCCUAUGGCGUGGCAAUGACCGCAUGUGCUCGGCAUGCGCUCUGGCAUUUGGCUGCAAAUGUCUUGGCAGAAGUACAGGUUUCUGCCAUGCGACUGGACGUGGUGCUGCUUGGCGCAUCAGUCGGCGCUUACAAGCAGGCCAGCAUGUGGCACUCCGCCGCGCAGGUGCUGCAAAGUUCCUCCGCACAAGGGCUUGAGCACAGCAUCAUCUCCCACAACGCCUUGCUCAGUUCACUUGGACGCUCCGCUCUGUGGCAGUCAGGCUUGGCGCUGCAGGCCAGCAUGGUUUGCUCCAGCGGCAUGACCUGCGAUGUCGUGACGUUCAACACGUUGAUCACAUCGUACCUGAACGGCAUGCAAGGUCGCCGUGCACUUCGUGUCCUGCCCAUGAUGAAGGAGCAGCUGGUUGAGCCCGACCAAGUGACAUUUUCCAGCACGAUCCUGGCGUGCAAGAUGGUUUCGGCUUGGCAGGUGGCGCUGGCCUGUGUGCAGGGGCUCAGCCUCGGGGGAGAUCGGCCUGGGCAAGACUCCAGGGUUUUCGGUGCGGCCAUGGCUGCUUGUGCCAAGGCCAUGCAGUGGGAACGGGCCUUGGAACUGCUCCAUACGGUGGAUGCAAGCAGCGGAGAUCUCGACCUCGUUCUGUGCAACACGGGGAUGGCGGCAUGCGCAUCGGGGAGGGCGUGGAGAACAGCACUUGACCUACUUCAGAGGCUGGCACGAGACGGCUUUCGAUCGGAUGUUGUCUCGCUCAACACUUGCAUGACCGCCUCUGAGAGAGCAGACCGCUGGCAGGGUGCCUGCGAACUCCUAGACGCGGCUCGUCGCCAUGCGCAGCGCCUCGAUUCCAUCACCUUUGCCGCCGGCACCGCUGCUAGCGGUGCCGGAGCAGGAUCUGCACGUUGGGCGUUGGCAAUCGACAUGAUGGCAAGUUGCCAAGAGCAAGGCGUGCAAGUCAGCACGGAGACCCUUGGGACAGUCUUGGCUGCGCUCUCCGGCCUCAGCAUCGUUGGUGCAAGAGAGGACCACAAUCGCUGGGUCCGUGCACUUCAGCUGCAAUUUGCUGCACGCGGCAAGCAGGACGCAACGACCUGGAAGAUAUCGCUGCAACUAUGCCGAGAUGCUGCUCUUGCCGGUGCCGUCGGCAUGGAAUCCCAGGCAGAGGGCUUACUGAGAAUUCUCGGAGAGGAUGUUGAUGCGGGCGCGUUUUGCACAGUCCUAGACAUCCUGGAGCUGGCUGAAGACUUCCACGGUGCCUCUGCGCUGUUGACCCGAGCCUGCUGUGAUGGUUUUCUCCUCCUUCGGCAACUGCUACACUCACAGGUUUCUUCAAACACCCAGUGCGCUCAAGCGGUCAUCACGAUGGACUCCCUCUCCUUUCGGCAAAGACUGCCUUGUGCAAUGCAGGCUGCCUUUCACCAGGCCGUCGCCGCUCGGGUUCUGGCGAGGCUGAUUCGACUGCUUCACGCUCCUUUGGAGUCUCGAAGCGAGCAGCUGGAAGCGCAGCCCAUGCUGGGGCAUGCUGCAACGAUGCAGGCUUUGAGCCAGAGUUGCCUUGGCUUGCAGGCCGGAGCAAUGUCAAGCGGGAGGCUCUUGAGUAGACGAUGCCUGACUGGCUGGAAACUCCAGCUACCGGCGUACGAGGCAGUGGCCACGGCCCUGGCCCCAUGUCUUGCCUACAGCAUUCCAGAAAAGCACGCAUGCUCCGCCGGACGUGUGGUUGGCUACAGAGCAGAGAACAACGCAGGGUUCAUCUACACGAGCCCACCUUCAAGAGGUCAGUUCAAGGAACUGUCACAGCAUGUCACAGCUAAGGUUUGCCAUGCUGGAUUUGAAUGGUUCUGGCAAGAUCGAGAGGGAAGAGUUGCAGGAGUUGCUGGUCUUCCUGGGGCUGGCAAGGGGCCCUGCCCGCUUUGUGUUUGCAAUGCUUUUUCUUGCGGGAGCACAGUAGCAAAGACCUUGCGGUGCGAGGAUCCGAGGGAUGGCCAGCUGGACACGCUCUGGACCGUCUUAGACACAGACGAAGAUGGGCUCAUUAGCUUCCAGGAAUUCUUGGACUUUGUCUUCAGCACCGGUGACGUUUCCUUCUUUACCCCCUCGGAGCUCGAGAGGGUGCGCGAGUUCUCGCAAAAGCGCAAAGUCAGCCGUGCAGAACAGAUCCUCAGAGCUCGAAUAGAUGACAAGUUGCCUCAUGUUGUCAAUGGUUCGGGUGCUUCCUGUUUGGGAAGAGAUAUGCUCACGCCAUCUGAGCCGGAUUCCAAGGACCCCGACGCCAGCUCGACAACCGUUGCAGUCCUGAAGGAGGUUGCUCGACUCCAGAAGCGCGUGGAAGAGUUGGAAGCAGAGGCUCGAAAGCGCGAGAAGGUCGUGGUGCAGCUGCAGACCAAGCUGCAAGCAGCUCGUGAAGAACAGCUCAUGCGAAAAAGUCGACAGAACAGCAAGGAUACCAGCGCUGAGAGUGAACCUGCUGGCCCAGCUCCAGCUGCGUCGAGCGAUGAGAUUGUGCAGCUCAAGAAGCAGCUUCAUGAUAAGCAGUAUGCACUGCAAAGACUGGAGAACCAGCAGGAGAAGAUCGUUGAAGGCUACGUUGGAUUCCUUCAUUCGUUGAUGGAGUCAUCUGCGUCGGAGCAGCUUCAAGAUUAUUGCGAUCUCAAGACGGUGGAAAUGCUUGGAAGAGGGGCCUACGGCUUCGUGCUCACAUGCCUUGACAAGGAUCACAACCAGAAAGUUGUUGUGAAGCUGCAAAGCCCAAGAUGGGCGGCAGUUGCUGCACAGGAAUGGUCUCACGGUUCCAAGUGUGCCCACGACAACAUCGUUGCUCACCUGCAGGUUCUGCUGCACUACGAUGGUAAAAGUGAGCUGGAAAGGAAAAUCGAAAAAGCCUUCGACGAUGGUGUUUUCGCAGGGAAGCGACCCAAGAUUCUCCCAGACAGAUACAUCUGCAUGGUUUUGGAGUAUAUGGAUCGUGGCACGGCGCAGCACUUGUCGAAGGAGGGUCUGCUUGACCUGGAAGGCCUCGCAGCUAUCACCCGACAAAUAUCUUCGGCUCUGGCCUUCAUCCACAAGAGCAAACAAACCCACAACGAUAUCAAGCCGGAGAACAUCCUGUUGCGGAAAGCAGCAGCUGGCGAUCAUCUUGUUGUGAAACUAGCAGAUUUCGGGCUGGCCCAAUGGUCCGUUGAGAGGCAGCGCGAUGCUGAGCUGAUGGCUUACAGCCUGUGGUGUUUGGGGCUUGACGAGCCGUUCGAUCACAUGCCGUCGAAAGAAGAAAGACCAGCUGCGGCAGACCGCUUCGAGGGCAAGGCGCUUCUCAAGGAUUCGCGGCAAGGCUUACGCAGUGCUCUGGGGAAGGUCGUCCGAGAUCUCUGGGCUGGCUCUACCGAGAUGGCCGUUGUGGCUGCUUCGGAGGAUUUCUGCGACAUGCAGCUUACCAUCCAUCAUGCCAAGCACGAGGCGGUGGAGGCAAAUGCUAGACAAGAGAUUCCUCCCAGACUCGAACGACAAGCCAAGCUGUGGAAAGCCGUCCACAUGGCCAGCAUCGUCAGGAAGUGGAGCCACGCGGACGACUCUGAUGACGCUCACUGA